UGAUAUAUUAUGAUAAUGUUAUUAUAAUUAUUAUUUGCAGGACUUUGAAAAUUUAGGAGAUAAUAUAGAUUAUUCUGAUAGAUUUGUUACCGAUAGAGAAUUUGAUUCUGUAGAUGAUUUACAUACUUGGGCUAAUGAGAUAGCACUAACAAUUGGAUUUCAAUUUACACGUGCUUCAUAUAAAAAAAAAGAAGGGCGUUCUAGAGUGAGUCUGUACUUAAGAUGUCACCGUUACGAUAAAAGAAGUGUUGAUUUGCAUAACUUAGACAAUGCUCCCCGACCAGGUUCCAAAAGUAGGGGUUGUGGGUGUAAAUUUAUGAUUUUAGGAACUAGUCGUAACCCAAAGGAAAGACCUUGGACGGUUAGAGUGUUUCCUGGUGAAAAAGGAAUACAUAACCAUCCGUUCUUCAUGUACAUAGAUGGUCAAAUAAGAGUAAAUAGGAUGACUGUGGAUAUCAGGCAGCACAUACGAGAUCUAAGUGCAACUGGCAUGCAACCAGCAUUUAUAAUGUCUUCAAUUAGAAGAAAUUUUCCUCGUUUUUAUGCUAGUAUGAAUCAAAUUUACAAUGAGAGACAGUCAAUGAGGAGAGAAGAGAUGGAUGGUAGGACUCCUCUUCAACACUGUCUGUAUAUGGCCACGGAGCAUAAUUAUGUAGUUUGGAGGGACUUGGAUAGUGAGGAUCAGUUGACUAGAUUAUUGAUUGCGAAUCCAACUUCUAUCCAGAUGCUACGUUCGUGGCCCCAUGUUGUGUUGAUAGACACAACGUACAAAACGAAUAAGCAAAAGUGGCCCCUUUGCGAAAUCAUUGGAAUGACGCCAACGAAUCAUAAUUUCUUGGUUGCAUUAUGUUUGAUGCGAGAUGAGGCGGCUGUGUCUUAUUCUUGGGUGUUGGAGAGGUUGAGGGAUAUUUACGGGACAGUGCAGACGCCGGAUGUAAUCGUAACGGAUCGGGAUGAGGGUUUGUCUGCAGCUAUUCAUGCUGUCUUUCCAGAUGUACGACAUCUAUUAUGCGUAUGGCAUAUUGGCAAUGACGUGGAGAACAUGGUCGAUAAAUUGUGUGGCGGCAAGAAAAAUCAACAGGGCCAGUUAUUCAGGCAAACAAAAUGGAACCCCUUGGUUAACAGUAUGACGAUCGCCGAUUUUGAAAACAGAUGGGAAGGGAUUGUGUCCACUUGGUCGACUAGGAACCGGAGAGUCGUGCAAUAUUUGGCAGGAACAUGGAUUCCUCACAAAGAGAAAUUUGUGCGUGCGUGGACGAAUGAUUGUUUGCACUUGGGUAACCAGACUACCAGUAGAGUUGAAAGUCAACACUCUUCCUUCAAGUACUACUUGGGUAGCGGUAAUAGCUCAUUCGAUACGCUGUUUAAAAGGGCGCACGCACAAAUUACGAAUCAACAAUCAAAAAUAAGACAAGCUCUUGAGGAAUCUAAGAAUUCCAUUUCAAGAACGUCGCGACUAAAUUUUCUACGACCGUUGUAUCGUCAUGUUUCUAUAUUUGUCUUGGAACUAUUGAUGAUGGAGCACAACCGGAUGCUAACCCUGGGCAGUUGUCUUUUAGAAAAAUGCGGUUGUGUCUAA